AUGGACUCCUCCCUCUACACUGGACUCCUCCCUCUACAAUGGACUCCUCCCUCUACACUGGACUCCUCCCUCUACACUGGACUCCUCCCUCUACACUGGACUCCUCCCUCUACACUGGACUCCUCCCUCUACAAUGGACUCCUCCCUCUACACUGGACUCCUCCCUCUACAAUGGACUCCUCCCUCUACAAUGGACUCCUCCCUCUACACUGGACUCCUCCCUCUACACUGGACUCCUCCCUCUACACUGACUCCUCCCCUACACACCUGCACUGA